CUCUUGACCACUACCAUCUCCGUUCACCGUCAUCAUCGUCGUUGACGACGUUGCCAGCAAGAUGUCGGCUCAUUACAGCUCUGUCGCCAAUGCCAACAACCGAGGCGAAUCUCCAUACCACAAUUCCGCUCAUAACGAAUCCACGGGCUUCAUUGCCCCAGCAGCCCCCACCAAAAAGCGAACGUCUCCUUGGAUCAAAUGGGGACUGCCAUUGCUAAUUCUUGCUCUUAUAAUCAUCGGCGCUGUCCUUGGUGGUGUCUUAGGUUCUCGUGCUGCGAAACACAAAUCAGUGAGUUCAGCAGCGGAAUCAUCACGUAGUGCCGAUGCAGCUGCUUCCAGUGCUGCUUCAGCCAAGGCUCAGAUAGGUCGAUUUGCGCAAGCUACAAACAGCGAGUUCAUGGUCCCCAUUUACCCCUCUACCACCAACGCCGCCUUCUCUAAGCCCACUUUCGCUCCCUCUUCCAAUGCUAAUAACGGUCAAGGCAACACCUUCCCCAAAGACUCCUUCACUCCUUCCAACCCUUCUCCCCUUAACGUUCGUCCGGAUCGUCCCAGAUUGUUCGCUCCUCAGUACAAAUGGGAUGCUCUUCCACGUCUCAUCGCCUCAGAUCCCUAUUUGAAGUCAUGGAACGAAACCAUCUUCGGAAACGUAACUGCUUAUGCCGCCCUGCCUCCUGUCAAAUACAACAUGGAUGGAGCGAGUGGUAUUCUUGACAACUCCCGCGAGGUCAAGCAGCGUGUGAAGGCAUUCGCCUAUGCCUACCGGUUGACGAAAGACAAGACGUAUUCCGACCUCGCAUGGCGUGAGAUUCAGCACGCAAUGUCUUCUGAUUUCGGCCCCGCUGAAGACAAAUGGAAUACUGGUCACUUCCUCGACACUGCAGAGAUGAGCGCAGCAUUUGGUAUUGCAUAUGAUUGGUUGAACGACGUCCUCACCGAUGACCAGAAGGGCCAGAUGCGGGACGCCUUAAUCAAGUAUGGGUUAGGACCUGGCGCCGCCGCGUACACAGAUCCGAAUGCUACGUAUGCCUGGUGGAAAAAUGGCAUUAAGGGUAACUGGAACUGUGUUUGCAACAGCGGGUUGACCGUCGCUGCUUUGGCCAUCCUUGGUGAUGACACCACCGGAAACUCCCAGACCAUCCUCCAGAAUUCCCUCGACAAUGCCAAAGCCAACUGUAUAGCUGCCGUGUCCACCGAUGGAACGUGGGCAGAGACACAAAACUACUGGUAUUUCGGCACCAUGGGUCACGCAGAGAUGGCUUCUGCCCUCAUCACUGCCACCGGAUCUGACUACGGUCUCCUCAAUUCCAACCAGGACUUCAAAAAGACCGGCGAUUUCCAUCUGUAUGGAUAUGGCGCCACCUCACUCUUCAAUUAUGGAGACCACGGACCAAACAAGUUUACUUCCACCGCCAACGUCGUGAUGUUCUACGCCUCGCAGUACAACCUCCCAACUUACAUGUUAUUCCAACGUGACAGGGCUGAUGCUGCUGAGCCGUGGAGUAUGUUUUGGUAUGACCCCUCUGUCGCAGGAGCUUACUGGGCCGAUGCGCCUCUCGACAAGGUCUUCGAGGACCCACUUGACUCGUGGGUCUCUAUGAGGUCUUCAUUCACCGAUAUCAAUGCCCUGUACGUGGCCAUGAAAGCAGGUAACAACUCUGGCGACGCCCAUCAGAACCACAACGAUCUGGAUGCAGGAGACUUUGUUAUCGAUGCCCUUGGUACUCGAUGGGCUGGAGAACUCGGAAGUGGCGAUUAUCUGGCGCCUGAUUACUUUGUUGGCGCGAAUCAGGAUUCUGCGAGGUGGCAGUAUUACAGGAAGAUGACGGAAGGGCAGAACACGAUACUGGUUAACAAAAAGAACCAGCUUGUGACUGGAACGACCACCGUCAUCAAGCAUGAGUCUGGAGGUGCGAAACAGUCUGGUGGAACGACUGUGUAUUCGCCGCCAAAUGGACAGGAGGGAGCUGCGUAUUGGAUUGCGGAUUUGACCGGAGCGUAUGAUUCUGCUGAUGCCAGUUCUGUGCAUCGUGGUGUUCGUGUUUUGAAUGGGAGGAAGCAGGUUCUUAUUCAGGAUGAAGUGGCCACGACGACUGGGUUCCAGUGGAGGAUGCAUACGAAUGCUACGGUUUCUAUUGAUGGGAAUACGGCUACGCUUUCGCUUGAUGGGAAAGAGAUGAAGGUUGUGUUGGUUGAACCCCAGGGAGUGUCUUGGAGCAGAACUGAUGCUGUGAGGAUGAGUGGGACACCACCUGCGCCUGAUCAGCCGAAUCCUGGUGUAAGUGUGUUGAUUGCGGAGGUUGGACAAGGGACGCAGAGGGUUCAGGUUUUGUUUAACCCGACCUGGGACGAUGGCACGCAGCUGAAGACUCCUCCAAGUGUUGCGCUGGAUGGUUGGAGCUUGACGUCACACGAUUGAAGAGGUGAAUGUUCCUUUUGUAUCUUGACAUUCGCUCGACUUUUCGAUUGAUUUCUCUUGACUAUGAAUGAUCUGUCUUUCUUCUACAUCCCACUUUAAAGGACUAUUUUGGUUGGCCUAUUAGUAUGUACAUCCGGACAUGUUUUCUUCUCUUUGCCAUCCUAUCUUGUACGUUGCUGAUUCGAGAUCAUAUAUAUACCUAUCAACUACUGCAAACGAUUUACUACAUACGUUAAUAAGGCCCUCCUUUGUCACUCGUUUAUAAUCAGUACGCACCGUAUCUAUCUACUAGUUGUGUAUGAUUGGC